CAAAGUUUUUCCGGUUCACGUUUCCCAAAGAUAAGAAGCAUAUCAAGAUGGUUAACGUCGGUUCUCCUGAAAUGGAAAAGCUCCAUUUAGGGAUUAUCACACUGACAAAUAUAUCACAACAAUUUGGAAACAUGUUUUUUAUUAGCCAGUACGGACAACACCAGGAAACACUGGGCACACUUUCAGAUUGUUAGCUUUCCAAAAGCACAAUUCGUCAAGGUUGGUUCUUCACUAUCAGACGAACGCGGAAGUACACAUAAGUUAUCAUCUCGCGAUAAAGGAUCGUCGCACUCCACUUUUUUUCAACCACGUUACCGCGUAAGUUCAAAACAGCUUCAUUUUGAGAAAAUAGUAGACAUGGCGUCAAAAGUGAAUUCGUAUAAACACCGCCAGACAUUUAUAAAUACAACGUUUGAGUCCAGCAUAGACUCCACUGCGGUCGAGGAAAAGUUGUUUGCCCAUUCAGUGGAGGAAGACGACGGACAUGCGGUCUUCAUCUGCGGGAAGUGCAAGCUGCCUGUCGGGGAUUCAAUGUCCUGGGAUGGGUCUGAAGCGUCUGAAGAAGGACACAACCAGAUAAGAUUGAAGCGGGUCACUGACAACGUCGUGGUUGGAGAAGACACUCGCCUGCAUGAAGUGAGCAAAAAGUCUCCCUGGUAA